AUGUUAUUGAAAAGUGGUCAAGAAAUUGAAAAAAUCCAACAUCAUUUUAAUGAAAUAAAUGAGAGGAUUUCUCAACAAGAAAAAGCGAUUAUAAUUAUCGGUGAUACAGGGGAGGGAAAAAGUACUUUAUUGAACUAUUUAACUAGAGUUCCCUUGUUUAGUAAAGAUGAUGACUUUGGUGACUAUAUUAUUUAUACCGAAACUUCUGAUGGUAUAAAUAUUAAUGAUAGAUCUAUUUCACAAACCACUUUACCAUUACGUCGAGGAAUAUAUUGGGAUUGCCCUGGUUUUGGUGACACACGAGGUCCUGUACAGAAUAUUAUAAAUGCUUAUUCAAUUUAUAAAUUAGUCAAAAGUGUAAAAAAAUUAAAAGUUGUAGUUGUCGUUUCUGAAUAUGUAAUUAAAAGUACAAGGAAAAAGGAAUUCUUAAAUCUUAUUAAUAAUAUAGGAGAAACGUUUAAAAAUACUGAUGAUUUAGUUCAGGGAUUAUGUCUAGUUAUAACAAAAAACAACAAACUUGACGCUAGAAAAGUAAGACUUUGUUUCCAUAAAAUACUUGAAGAACAAGGUGAUCAGGAAAAUUUUAGUCAAUCAAAGAGAAAAAUUCUCAAUUUUUUAUCUUCUUCCGAAAGUCAAAUAGUUUUUUUUAAUGCUCCUCAACAAGAAGGUAAAGUUUCUGAUACCGACAAAUCAUCAAUUUUAGAGAGUAUAGAGAAGAUUUCUUAUUUGAAAGGAUUAGAUCCUAAUAUUCUUCUUGAUGAUGGUCCAAAACUUUAUAUCAAAGAUUUAGUCGAAAAAUUUCAUGUAGAUAUAAAAAAUUUUAUCUUGGUAAAAUUUUAUCCAGCUGUUCAAAGCUAUCUUGAAACAUUAAUCGAUACACAUUUAGGCACAAUUAAAGAAUUGAGAAAAUCUUUAACUGAUGUUUCUGAUCUAUUGAUGAAUAUACAUGAGAAACCACAACAUUUUGAUGAUAAUAUUCAACAAAUUCUCUUAAUCGUUGAAUUUAUACAAAGAAUUGAUCUUAAAGAAGAACUUUUGAAAAAAUUUUCUUUAUUCAAUUUUUUUAAUCUUGUUAAACCGGUGUCACUUGAAAUUAAGGGAAAUACUAGUAGUUGGUAUAAUUAUAUAUCUGAAUUAAUUAAUGAAAUAGAUGCACUUACAUCUUUUAAGGUAUAUAGUCAAGAAUGUUUGUUAACACUUGAAGGUAUAAUCAUUGGUACUGAAGAUCUUAACACUGCUAUGAAUGAUCAAGAAAUAUCCGAAAUAUCUGAAAUAAAUGUGUUUAGUUUGAAUAGCUUAUUUAUUGACAAGGAUAUAAUUGCACCAGGAGUUAAUCUGGCUUUGAUAUCUCCUAAAUUCCGAGUUAUAGGUAAAAGAACAAUUAAUUUAAAAGGUAAUUCGGGUCCUUUACACCAACCAAAUAAAGCAAAUGAUGGAAUAUCUUUUACUAAAGAUCGAAUUUAUAAUGAAGUUUAUGAUGAAGUAAAUGAUAGAAUAUCUACACAAAUUAUCGAUGAGAUAACUUUUACCAAAGAAAUAAUUAAUGAUGAAGCAAUUAACGAAAUAUCAUCCACUGAAGAAAUAGUUGAAGAAAUAAUUGAAGAAAAAAUAAAUGGAAAAGACGGUUUACCUGGACAACCUGGAUAUAAUGGUGGGAAUUUUUACGCUAAAGGGUGUAUCUUUUUUGAUCUCUCUUCCUUAACUAUUAUCGUUAGUGGCGGAGAUGGUGGUCAAGGUCAAGAUGGUGGUGAUGGUGCUAAAGGAUUUAAUGGUGUUGAUUGUCGUGAAGAUUUUGUAAAAAAUCAAGAAAAUUUGGCUCUUAUUUCAAGAGAAAAAAUACGCGCUUUAUCAAGUAAAGGAAAUGAAGAAGCCGGGGUUGUCAAUAAAGCAUUAGUAUGUACUGUAAAAGCUACUAAAUAUUUGUUUACUUUUAAUGAUAAGCAUGAAGAAACAUAUGAAUAUUUUGAUCCAGGACAAAAAGGGGGAAACGGUGGAAGAGGAGGAAUAGGUGGUAUUGGCGGAAAACCUGGUUCUGUAAUAUUUGAUAGUCCAUCUCAAUUGUUAGAAAAUCCUAUUAUAGUUAAAGAAAGUAAAAGAGGUGCAAAUGGAAAAAGAGGAAAUGCAGGUCAUGGUGGAAAAAAUGGACCAAAAUAUCGUGGAGUAUAUAUUAACGAAAGAGUAUUUCCCGCAUUGAGAGGCUACAAAGAAUUUAAUUCAGAAUCUAAUGAAUCCGAUUUAUAUUCUACUAUGCCAGAUGGAGUAUUAAACUCAAUACGAGCAGUGCCUGCAGUAUCAUCAGCAGUUACAAGUCAUGUUUUAAGUGAAUCUGUUAAAGUAUCUGCUAAAGAAUCAACUAAGCAAGUAGCAGCUAGUACUUCUUCUUACAUAGCAUACAUAGGAAAUAUGGGAACAACUUUAAAGCAAGGAGGUAACUAUUUAAUAAAGGAUGUGUUAAAAAUUGGUGCUUCCGAAUCAACCAAACAAGUAGCAACAGUUGGUACUUCAACUUACGUAGGAACUAUAGGAAGCUUUGGUGCUUCUUUAGCAAUUCAAGCAGGAUGUUCUACAGCAAGUGCAUAUCUUUCAAGUUAUUGGAAAGAAGAGCCACAUAAAAUAAAUAAUGAUGAUGAAUUUGCUCCUGACGGUGAAUUAUUUGAUGAGUUAAAUGAAAAUAAUAUUAAAACUCCCUUUGAUCAAUUCCCACUUGCAAUAAAAGAAAAAGAAAAGGAGAAGCUAUAUAAGCAAUUUCAUGAUAAAAGCAAAAAUAAUAAAUAUGUUAAAGAAUUGUUAUAUUUAGAAAGAACUAUUUAUUAG